GUUCAAUCAUCUUUUGAAGUAGAACACAGUGAAAAUAUUACGUGUGAUAAUGAUAAUGGGAGUGUUGAUCUUAAUGUUGGAACAAAAAAUGAUGAGAAUGAAGAACUUGAGCAGGAAUAUGUAGUAGAAAAAAUUCUUGGUAAAAGAUAUAAUCGACGUCAGAAGAGAAUUGAAUAUUUGAUCAAGUGGGCAGGUUAUGAUAGUGAAAGCGAGAAUACAUGGGAACCAUCAGAGAACUGUGUUGGUGACUUGAAUUCCUUAUUUACUAUUCUUUUCCGUAUUAAAAGUAGUAGUAACAAAUUUCGUAAACAUUUAGCUAAAAUAAUUUAUUAUGAAAACGACUCUAAAAAUAUUGAGGAAGAAAAGAAGCUGUCAUCAAAAUCAUCUAAGAAAAAAGAUCAGGGAAUUGAAACCGAAUCAAUAAGUAUUUACUGUAUGAAGGAAUGGUCAUCAGAUAUUAGGAUAUAUUUUGUUAUAACUUUAGAAAGCAGAAGCGAUAUAAACAAAUAUGAAUCAAAGCGCGCCAGAAUUGAUCGUGUUCUUGGUGUCAAGAAAAGCAACAAUGAAAUUUUAGCACUGGUGCGCUUUGAUGAUGGGCACCAUGAUCUUGUACGGACUCAAGAAAUAGUUGAGAUAUGUCCAAAGGUUAAAUCUUCGUCUUUUACAUUUAGAGCAAGAAUGUUAUACGGUUAG